AUGGAGAGGCGAAUUCAUACUAGGCCGGAAAACCAUAAAAAGAGGAAUUGAAUUAUUCUAUCCUUGUGGAAGGUAAAUCAAACAAUGCAAUCGAGGCAUCCAUCUUUGCUAGUAUCUCCUGUUGGUGAAGCAAAAAAAAGCCAAAUUUCUACUCCCCCGUAGCAUAUAUAUAUAAGACAAAGCCAGCACCACACAAGCAGGCAGGAAGGGAAGCCCUCGCUCUCGCUCACCCCUGUCUGGCGUCUGCUUAUCCCUGGAGCAGACCGGAGUAAGGCCAGCCAACCAAAUUGUCUAUCUACUGAAGGAAGGAGAAAAAAAAAGAGCUGCAGCUUUACCGAUUCCCAUGGGUUCCAAGCCGGGUGAGGCGCCAACCUGGGCGGACCAGUGGGCCUCUGGCGAGGGCGACGGGAGCAUCGCGAACGGCAAGGCGGCCGGUAAGAGGACGGUGGCCGGCAACGUGAAGGCGGCGGCGUCGGAGGGACUCGUCAAGGCCAAGGCGGCGGCGCUGGUCGGAGCGCACAAGCUCAAGACCGGGACGAGCUCGGGCAUCAAGUGGGUCAGGGAGCAGUACCAGAAGAAGAGGACGUCGUCCAAGUGAGCUGCAAUGUGUCAAUUGUGAUGGAGGAGCACUGCUACUCUCUGUUCUGAUCUUUCUUAGUGAAGCCCAUUAGAGGAACAGGUUUUUCUCUUGGGUGGAGACUCUUCUUGGACGCUUUGGUUCCUUUGGAUGGUGAGCUUGUAAGCCGCUGGCCUUUUUUUUCAUUAUUAUGCCAGACUAGUAUGAUUUUUGCAUAGUUUUAUGCUCUGUCAACAGCUAACAGGUAUUAGGAGAAAAUUUAAGGGCCCCUUUGGUAGGGCUUAUUUUUCA